UCCAUAAAUAUAACCACCGGAUCAUAUCAAUAUAUCUCUAUCGAUCCCUGUGUUUAAAUUUCAUCACCAUGAACAAAAUCCAACCUUUUCUUACAUCUUAGUUUCUUCGUUUCUCUUCUGAAGAAAGAAGCUUGCAAAAAAGUUUCUUUUUUUUUUCCUUUCAUCUCUUUGCUGAUUUUUUAGGAGUAUCAGAUGUGUUCGAGAGGGCACUGGAGGCCAGCAGAGGAUGAGAAACUCAAAGACUUGGUCUCAAAAUAUGGCCCUCAUAACUGGAACGCAAUCGCUGAGAAGCUCCCAGGAAGAUCAGGAAAGAGUUGUAGGUUGAGAUGGUUCAAUCAGUUGGACCCAAGAAUAAACAGGAGUCCUUUUACAGAAGAAGAGGAACAGAGACUUUUAGCUUCUCAUAGAAUUCAUGGAAAUAGAUGGUCGGUGAUAGCUCGUCUAUUUCCCGGGAGAACAGAUAACGCUGUGAAGAAUCACUGGCAUGUCAUCAUGGCUAGGAAAGUAAGAGAGAGGUCGAGAUUUCAUGGCAAAAGACCCUGCUUUUCUUCUUCUUCUUCCGUGAUCAUGGCCGGCGAGAGCUCUUGUAAUGCUCAAGGAAAGCGAGGGAGUCUGCAAGAUUCUCAAGGGUUCUUCUCCUUUGUAGAAAACUAUUACAAGAAGCAAAAAAACUGUUUUUUGCUUGAGGAUUUUAAGUCCAAUUCGGAUGAGUUGCAAUCUUGGAUUCAUGGAUUCAGUGCUGAUUUCAGCUUAGGUGGAAAGAAGAAUUCAAUCGAGUUUUAUGAUUUUCUGCAAGUGAAUUCUGACUCCAAUGGCACGAAGUGUCAUUCGAGUAUAGAAGAAGAGAAGGAUGAAGCGUCAGGAACAAAGCAAAGCUCCUCCAUUCUUCGAUUUCUUCUCCGUUAAUGGGAGUAUUUAAUUAUUAACUUUGGGUUAAUGAUAAAUACUUAACUAAUUAAUCAUCAUGCAUGCGUGUUUAAGGGAAAAAUAAUCGCUUAAAAUCAUAUUUAUAUAGCGAGAAAACUACUCGCUAAAAACACUGAAAAAUGUACAGAAAAUUUUGCAUGGAAGACUGUCCCAUGCACUAUUUAUUAUACAUUGGGAGUGUGAUGAGCUGUUUUAGUUCUAUUUAAUUAACAAUUUAAGCAAAUAUUUUUCCUAUAUUUAUACUAUGUGUAUAAUGUGGAGCUGAAGUUGGCUGACUGAUUCCUUAAAUGUAAUUUAAGGGAUGAUCAUGCAUGCAUGCAUUUGAUUGAUUACGCUUAUUUAUGUAUGCCCAAGUUAAUGUUAAUUAAUUCUCAUUCACACAUGAGAGUUGAUGGUACCUAAAUAAGCCAUUUCAACCUUGUACAUUUUAUAUAUGCAUAUCAACCACUUGGUGGUAAAGUUUCAAUGUGAUAUAUUUUCUUUUUUUACUUUAUAAAUUUCAAUGUGA